ACGCGAGGCGAAGUUGGCCGCCCAAGCCCGACCUGGCGGGUGUGGACUUCUGUCUCUGAUAGAGAGAGAGAGAGAGAGUUGGGACAUGUGGGGUUGAAUUGGAGGCCAUAGCUACCGUGCUUGAGAGGAGAAGGCGGGGAGAAAGAGGAAGACGGCAAGACAAGGAGAGGGAGCGAUGGGGUCGAAUGAGGGCUUCUUGAAUCUAAAACCGCUGAAUCUGGAGACGGUGGAAUCGCGUUCAGCGCCCAUUCCUCUUGGACCACCUGGGUUGCAGUACGGUAGGCUAUCUAACGGCCUGGUAUAUUACGUUCGGAAGAAUUCGAAGCCGAAGCAGAGAGCUGCAUUAGCCUUGGGAGUCAGAGUCGGGUCCGUGCACGAGGAAGAUCAUGAGAGGGGUGUGGCACACAUCAUUGAGCAUUUGGCCUUCCGGUCUACAGAGAGUUACUUGAAUCACGAUAUUGUGAAGUUCCUUGAAAGCAUUGGAGCGAAAUUUGGAGCUUGUCAGAACGCCCACACUUCGGAAGAUGACACUGUGUUCGAGCUGUUUGUGCCUAUUGAUCAGCCAAAGCUUCUGGCAGAGGCUUUAUCUGUGCUUGCGGAAUUCAGCACAGAGAUUCGCAUCACGGACGAUGAUCUUGAUAAAGAAAGAGGUGCUGUAUUGGAGGAAUGGAGAGAGCGUCGAAAUGCAUUUGGUCGGAUGCAGGAAGCCCAUUGGAACCUUGUCAUGCAAGGGAUGAAGUAUGCAGAGCGUUCGCCAAUUGGGCUGGAGAAAGUCAUCCGGAAUGUGUCAGCCACCACAGUGCGUUCGUUCUACCGUCGCUGGUAUCGGCUUGACAGAAUGGCAAUUGUUGCAGUGGGAGAUUUUGAAGAUCCAAAGACUGUUGUGGACUUGAUUGAAAAGCUUUUUGGAUCGAAGAAGUCACGAACUGAUGAUUCACCGGUUGCGAUGAGCCUCGAAGCACUCGAGAGCAUCGAAGCUGAAGCGAAGUUCGUCCCUCAUGAAACACCUCGCUAUUCUGUGACAUCGGAGAAAGAGGCUCCUGGGUCUGCAGUUAUGCUGAGCUGCAAAAUGCCGAACAAGGAUCGGAUCACUCUCGACGAUUUCCGAAGUUUAUUGGUCGAGGAGAUGUUCCACAUGGCGCUCAAUCAGCGAUUUUUCAAGCUGUCAAGACAGAAGAAUCCGCCAUUCUACUCAUGCCAAUCCAGCAGCCAAGUGCUUGCUCGUCCAAUUAACUCAUACAUGAUGUCAGCCACUGUACAGGACAAAGGCACGGUGCGGGCAUUGGAGGCAAUGCUCACUGAGUUAGCACGGGCUCGCUUACAUGGAUUUUCAGAACGAGAGAUUGCACAAGUUCGGUCGCAGUACAUGGCGGAUGUUGAGUCUGCAUACGCAGAGAGAGAACAGAUCCCCUCUCAGAAUCUUCGAGAUGAGUACAUGCAGCACUUCUUGAGGAACGAGCCAGUCCCUGGGAUUGAAUUUGAAGCACAGCUGGUAAAGACUCUUCUUCCAGUAAUAACUCUCGACGAAGUCGUGGAAGUUGCCAAGCAAUACUCGCUAAGGGAGAGCUGUGUGAUCAAGGUUGUGGAGCACAGAGCACGUGCAACGACGGAAAAGCUGAAGGCAGUGGUCGAGAAGGUGGAGGAAAGGGAGAGAUUAGGGCUCAUUGAGCCCUGGCAGGGGAAUGAUGUGCCAGAAGAUCUAGUGGUGACAAAACCGAUACCAGGGCUUAUGGUCUCAACAACGUAUUUGAAGGAGGCGUUAGUCACUGAAAUGGUGCUGAGCAAUGGCAUGAAAGUUUGCCUUAAGUGCACCGACUUCUCAGAUGACCAGGUUCUGAUUAAUGGUUAUGCGUAUGGUGGGCUGUCAAACGUCCCGGAGAGUGACUUCCAUUCUUGUUCUAUGAGCACCACCAUAGCUGGGGAGAUUGGGGUUUUUGGAUUCAAGCCUGAUGUACUGGUGGAUAUGCUGGGAGGAAAGAGAGCAGAGGUUGGCACCAAGAUUGGUGCCUACAUGAGAACGUUCUCUGGGGAGUGCUCUCCUGUUGAUUUUGAGACCCAAUUAAAGCUUGUGUAUCAGCUCUUUGUUACAAGUGUGACGCCGGUGGAGGAGGACCUGGAAGUUGUGAUGCAGAUGACAGAGGAAGCGAUCAAGGCACAGGAGCGCAAUCCAUUUACUGCCUAUGCGAACCGGGUGCGCUCGCUGAACUAUGGGGAUUCUUACUACUUCAAGCCUGUGACUGUCGCAGAUCUGAGCAAAGUGGACCCAGUGAAGUCAUGUGCUUACUUUGACCAGUGUUUCAAGGAACCCUCAUCUUUCACCGUCGUCAUUGUGGGGAACAUGAACCAAGAGCAGGCACUGCCACUAAUCUUGAUGUAUCUGGGAGGAAUACCGAAACCGUCAGAGCCCAUUCCGCAGUAUCAAAGGGACGAGUUGCAGCCUCUGCCUUUUACGUUUCCUCAGGGUGUCGUAAGGGAGGAAGUCUUAAAGGACAUGGUUGAACCUCAGUGCUCUACCCAAAUCACGUUUCCAGUGGAUCUGGACGGCACAAAUGUGACAGAUGAAGUGCAUUGGACAGGUCUCGUGUGUAGACUCCUAGAGACAAAAAUUCUACAAGAGUUACGAUUUGAGCAUGGCCGUGUUUAUACUGUUAGUGUUUCUGCAUUCCUUGGCGGUUCACGACCUUCACGGGUGGGCGGAGUGCGCGGCGACAUUGCAGUUAGCUUUUCAUGUGAUCCGGAAAACACCUGGCAACUUGUUGAUGACGUCCUCGACGUAGUUAGAAAGCUACAGCAGGACGGUCCCAGCCAAGCAGACAUUGAUACGAUACUAGAGGUGGAGAAACGAUCUUAUGAGACAGGUUUGCAGGAAAAUGGGUUCUGGCUGGACCGACUCCUCCGAGCAUAUCAAUCACGACUCUACAUUGGAGACCUGCGUGCAUCUUUCCAGGCACAGGAGGACUCUUGGAUAAGGGUGAUGCGGUCGGCGGCUGUUACAGAGAAUAUGAAGGCGGCAUUGCGACGCAUUCUGCCGAACCCUUGUACGGAGCACUACACAGGAGUAUGCCUCCUUCCGCGCCCUCCACUCUGGAGGCGUGUGUGGAAAUUCAGCUCAACAGGAAAAGGAUCGUAUGGUGGACGCUUCACCCCAGAAACGACGGGAUUAUUCAUUGCUGUUGUGAUUGGGGCAGUUGCAGCAACUGCAUUGGUUGUGGGAGUUCUAUGGAAGAGCGGGCGAAGGAAGUCCUAGAAUUUCUCAGUGAAAGCACUUUUUGCAAUGGCAUGUCAUCAUGGGCUGUAUUCAUGAAGAGGGGGCGAGCGGGAGAAGGAAAUGUAUCAAGGAGAGUGAAAAGGGGAUGUCGAGAAUGGCUCCUUUUUUCACUGAUGAAAUCCACAACAGUGUGCAUGAGUGUGCUGCACCCUCUUUGAUCUGUGCUUGUCUCAGCGGGCAAGAGGAUCUAACACCAGAUGAAGGCGAUACUCUCCUACUACAGAGACUUUCUGAAUGGAGUCCCGAAUCUGGCCGUAAUAGUGGUGAGAUACGUCCUGGAAGGUCCUAGUUUCGGUCUACGUUCGAAGAGUGAGUGAUAGGCCCAUGGAGAGACGGCAGAAGAUGAUGGAGUAAGGAGUCUGCAGCGUAGAGUGGUCAGUACAUGUAUCAAGUCUCUGCAGACUGUGACAUUGGAGGGAAACGUACGUUUUGCCCGUGUGCUUUGCGCACUACUUGAACGGCAAUUUUCCUUUUGUAUUCAACCUGAAUCACAGACCGAUUCAUUCAGAAAAGUCCAACGUGUGAGUAUGCGCUAUUGUGCACUGCGAGGGCUUUUCUUGCCUUAGCUGGCUGUGCGACAAGUUGGCGACAACCAAUGUCGGUGUGUCAUGUGUCGCAUCGUUGCGUCACAAUUUUCCUUCCUUCAUCUCCUUUCUCUUGAUCACAGCCUGGCACAAUACUUUGAACGGCAAUUUUCCUUAUGUAUUCAACCUGAAUCAAGGUCAGGUUCGCUAAAAAAAACCUCCGAAGUUUGAGAAAUGCGCUUCAGCAUACGGCAAGUCUCCUUUGGCCCCUGCUAGCUGUGUGAUAGCUUAGUUGGUAGAGCAUUGGGCUUUUAACCUAAUGGUGGGAGGCUCAAAUCCUGCAAUAAAUGCUUUGUUUCUCCUCCUUCCGACAACUCUCGCCAUGCUGUCUGGCAUCGUCUUUGCACUGUCCCUCACGUUUUGAAUUCCAAUCACGGUGGCCUUUUUAGCUCGGCAAAGUCGGAAGUGCGCGGGCUAGAUGUGUGACAGCGAACACCAUCGUGUUUAUGUGUGGCAUGUGUGGCAUCUUCGCGCCGUCCUUUGAGGUACCCGACGGAAGUAACAGGCAGAUUCACUUGACAAAGUCUGCUGAGGUGUGAGUGUGGACUAACACAGCGCAUUGCAAGGCAGUGUUUACCUUGGCUAGCUGUGCGACAGCCAACUCCAUCGUGUUAUGUGCGGCAUGUGUGGCAUCUUCACACCAUCAUUCGAUGUGCCCGACCCGAGUAACAGGCAGAUUCACGCGGCAAAGUCUGGUGAGGUGUGAGUGUGGCCUAGGCAGUGUUUGCCUUGGCUAGCUGUGCGACAACGAAUGUCGCUGUCUCACGUUUGCCUUGGUGUUUGUCUUUCCACUCAGGCAUGGCGUUGUAAUCUGAAUGCCCACAGACGUGGAGAUCCGCCAUUGCUGAUCGAUUGCCUGUCGUUAAACGAGUAGAUCGAUCUUUUGCAAGGCCUUGUAUGCAAUAAUAGCGCGGGAACAAGGGAAUGUCUUUGCCGAGCUCUGUAGAUGGACAGUCAGUGUGAUGUCUGUCUGUCGACCAUGCUCAAUAUGCAGCGGGGAGAACGUUGAGAAUUCAUUGGGAUGCACCAAUGGAUGGGAGGGCCACUCCAGUCGUGUUAAGGUGUUCUUCAACAGGUUAUCUUAACAUUGUGGUGUUUUGGGGUUAGUGAUUCAUCAGCGAAUGAUCUAAUCUUCCAGUGUUCCAGUGGUUUGGUAUCCCAGUAGUGUUCUCGUGUUCUACCUAGACAGAUAGGAGCUACAAGUAGACAGGGGAUGCCCACCCUAGUAGUGUUCUAGUGUUCUGGUGGCUAGGUAUAUCAGUAGAUGAGGGAGGGGCACUCUAGUAUCCAUUAGUAGACAGGACAGGGAGUGAUGUGUAAUCUAGCUGAGGGGUCCGUCAAUAGGCGGUAAGGGUGUUCUAGCAGUGUUCUAGACUU